AUGCACGGCAGAGGCAGAGGAGUAGCAGGCCAGAUGGGCCGAGGACGCUUGAUGCCAAAUAAACAGAACCUGCGAGUGGUGGAGUGCAAACCUCAGCCCUGUAUUGUGUCAGUUGAAGGGCUUUCUUCAUCAACUACUGAUGUCCAACUGAAAAACCUGCUGAUGUCAGUGGGACCCAUUCAGAGUUUACAGAUGCUUCCUCAACAACGGAAAGCCAUAGCAAAAUUUAAGGAGCCAGCACAUGCUUUAGCAUUUCAACAGAAAUUCCACAGGCACAUGAUAGAUCUGUCCCACAUAAACGUGGCGCUGAUAGUUGAGUGAUGUCUGCUGAGAGAACCCCUGACACUAGCAGAAGCGUACUGUGGAGCUGCGUGAGGCACAGUGGCAAAACCAUCGGGUGGUGAAACCUUUCAGCUUAGUCUUUUAAUUGCUUUGUUGAACUACAGAAAGCAGCAGCGUGUCCUCGGGAAGAGCUGAACUUGAGAAGAUCUGCGAAGAUGGAAUUUCUGUUCAGUUUGUUCACAUUCUGUUGUAACCACGUGGAACUACAGAUUUUUUUUUUUUCCCCUCAAAAUGCUUUCAAUGCAUGUAGACACUGUUCUUCAAGAUCCUGCUGUGUGACCACAGUGACUUGAGAGAGAACGUUUACGUUGAAAGAUUAAAAAACUUUCUUCAUAGCAAAGAAUAUUUGAUAAUGGUUGCUCUUAUCUUCAGUGUGAGGUAUUUGAAAGAAAACUCACUUUUCUAAACAAAACACGUUAGUUACGUUGUAUAUCUGAGAGCACGGGAGGUAUUCUUGCAUAGCUUUAAAUGCGCUCUGCUUCACUGAAUAGCAGGAUGCUGAGAAGCUUUGGAGCUGACACUGGAAAAUUAUAGUUUUGAUCUUUGUAAAUAAGCCUAAGUCUGUCUUUGCAUUUUUCUAUUCCGACACAGACUUCCAUCUUCUCUUUCCAACUCCACUUAUUCCAUAAAACCCUGUGUAGGAAUAACACUGCUGUAUUUUCCCUUCGUUUUUAAAAACAAGGAUCUUUGCCCUUCAGUAGCAUCGUGGGGUAGUGGACUCCAAAAAAUGGAACUAGGCUGUUUUAAAUGACGUUGCCACAUACAAGG